AUGCUGCAGGCCCUCUUUUCCGAAGGGCUGCCCAGAGGGAGAAGCCAGUACAACACCUACCCGGUUUUCGUCCCGAGCCUUGCUGUCUAUCUCGAUGCCCUUAUUUACCACUCCAACCACUACGGAUAUUCCAAACCGGGGCUCGCCACAAUUGCAUCAUUGCAGAUCAGGAACUUGACACGGUAUCUUUAUCUAGAGCUGCCUCAUCAACAGUUGCCGCUACUCAUAGAGCUUGAGGAAUACGAGUAUAUGGAUGAAUACCUUGGACGGUACAAAAGGAAGCCUUUCUCCGUUUACCGGCGAGCGUCAGGGUCGGACGUGGAAGCAUACAAGUGGAAGAGUAGGAUCCAACCAGCUAUCCCGACUGGUGUCGAGCAACGAGCUAACCAGGAAAACCGCAAUGUCUACCAUGGGGCUGAGGUAUACGACUCACAGAAACUAGCAUACUAG